CGUCUCCCGGUGGGGCACCAUCUUCCAGUGUGCUGCUGGGUGGUGGAGGAGGAGGGAACACCUCUACUUCUUUACUGAUGUUUCAACAUCCGCCUGUAAAUGUAAAAGUAGCCUACAACUUUAACUCUUCUAGCUGCAGAGGAGGUACAACUACGGCAUUAUCACCAACUACUUCAAGUAUACUUUCGUCGAAUGCUGGUGGAAGUGGUGGAGGAGCAAAGCAGACUAGAAAGAGUAUUGGCAGCAUCAAUUACGGUGAUUCCAAAGUAUACCGCGAGCAACUGGAUAUGUACGCUUUAGCCUGCGUCAUUCUCGAUACAUUCUUUCGCGCCGCAGGGUGCACCAAAGGAGAUCCCAAAACCACUUGUUCUACCUCUGAAGAUGCAGCGAACAUCGGGAAAGGAGUUUUGAAUACACAACCACGACAGCCUGCUCUAGUACAGCGUCCUCUGGGAUUGCAACUGCAACAAUACCAGAUGAAUGCAAAUACAACUACAACAAGUAGCAAAGGCAAGGGGACGAGAACCUCUACUAAAGGCAAGAAGAUGACUCCAACUACAUCGACUACGACAUCGCUAGUGGGUCGUGCUGCACAAGGUGUUUCUGCUUCGCCACCAGGUAUGAAGAUGUUUUACUGUCCAUCACUGCGAACUGGUGCAGCAGGUGGAGGAAGUAGUGCGAGCAGCAGCAAGGCGAAUAAAUCACCCUCUUCCACCACCACAUCGUCGCAUCAAGUUCAAGACCAAGAAGAUGAAAACACAGUCGCAAUCCAUUCGGUCUACCUCGCUUGGCGGAAUUAUCAAAAAAUCGCGGAGACUGCCAAUGCAAAGCUAUUCGCUUAUUCCAAAGCAUGUGUAAGUGCAGAUACAAAUUCGAAGAACCCCAGCAACCACCAGAGUAGACAGCUUUCACUGUGGCGAGAACUCCUAAAUUACAAUCCUGCAGAGCGUCUCGAAUCGGCUUUGUGUGAGUUGGAUUCUGUUUUUCAAGAACAACAACAAAUGGCACUUCAUAAAGAUGAGCAGCAAAAAGAAAAAGCGCCCAUAUUUGUCACCUGUUUUGCUGACUUCGUCAGUCUUGUACGGUCCAUGAUGUUGGCUAUACCGGUUUUAUCAGGUGAAGCGGUGGUGGAGGCGGCAAACGCAAAUGAGCAUCAUGCAGACGCGAGAUCUUCAAAUCCUAGCUCCUCAAGCAACUCUUCCAACUGCUGCAACAGGUGGAUACAGUUGCGAGACAAAAGUCGAAUUUUGAGGAAGAAAAUUGACGAAGCAGUACCAGCUAGUUGUAGUUCAUCUUUCUCCUCAAGUAAUACUAUGCUUCUAGAAGUACCCGAACACAACGAAAACGAUAUCUCUGAGCUGCAGUCUAGGACACAGCAGCAGGAGCUACAGGACGCAAGAAUAGCAAAGAGCGUCGUCGCAAAGGACGAAAAGGAUGAGUUGUCUUCUUCUGCGUCCUCCGUUGUGUUACGUCCGAGUAAAAGGGGAGGGCCGCUCAAGCGAAUGGUCCGUUCGACACUCUUGGUAGGCGUUAGCAUUUCCCCUGAUCCUGAUGAAGCUGGACCCUGAUCUUCUUCGUCUCUUCUUUGUCUUUCUCCUCGUCUCUUCUUUGUCUUUCUCCGCGUCUCUUCUUUGUCUUUGUCUACUUUGUCUUUCUUCGCACCAACAAGGAACUGUCCUUUGAAUUUGAUUAUUUCUCGAAAUCAAGCAAAACUACAAGCAGAAACUCUCUCCCACUAUUGUAACAGGCUGAAGCUGAUGAAGACAACACUGCUGGCGUGCCAUUACUGAAAAUUACUUACUUUGUCGUGUUAGAUGAAGUAACAAGUUUACAUGUAAUUGGUCUCGUUGACCUUUGUUACAUUAUUUAAGGUGCUCCUCAUGCU